AUGAGCGAAGAGAGCGAGAGGAAGAUUGCGGCCUUGCAAGCAAAGCUGAACAAGAAGCUUGGGCCGGAGUUCAUCUCGCAGAGGCCAGGGCCUGGCGGAGGGCCGAAGCUGACUUACGCGGAAGGCUGGAAGGUCAUCAACCUGGCGAACGAAGUCUUUGGGUUCAAUGGUUGGAGCUCCACCAUCGUGAGCUUGACCACGGACUUCAUAGACUACAGCGAGCAAAGUGCACGAUACUCUGUGGGAGUCACGGCUAUUGUCCGCGUUACCCUUCGGGACGGUGUGUUCCACGAGGAUGUUGGGUAUGGGCUACUGGAGAACUCGAAGAGCAAGGGCGCAGCACUGGACAAGUGCAAGAAGGAGGCCGUCACCGAUGCUAUCAAGCGUACUCUCCGCAACUUUGGUAACCUGCUCGGGAAUUGCCUGUACGACAAAGCAUACACUCAAGAGGUCGUGAAGAUCAAGGUUCCCCCGGUAUGGCGCAUAUAUGGAGUAUCUUUUUCACAUUCUUACAUGCCAUGCAGGCCAAACUGGACAAGAGCGAACUCCAUCGGCGUCCUGAAUUCGAGGAGGGUAGCUCGCGCUCAUGUCCUGCCCCGUCUUCCUUCCCGCGAUCCGCCUCAUUCAUCGUGUUUUGUGUUGCACAGGGGGAUCCAGCAGGCACAGGCAGCACAGCGUCGGCCUCAACAAGGUAUGGGUCUGCAGCAUGCAGGUGCGAGCUCGGCCACCGGCGGGGGAGUGAGGCGCGAGCAGUAUACGCCCGCUGAGGCCGCGGACGCCAAGCGCGCGAGGCACGGAUGA